GCGAUACAGCCGCGGCAACUGGGAAGUAUUUUUGUAACGAGCAUCGAGAUGGAUAAACAAGCUACCACCCCGCCCGCCGCUCACAUUGCCACCUCAACGGUACUGCCGUCUGCCCAUAGAUAAUAGAAGAUAUCUGCCGAUUACCGAUAGCAACGCAAUCACGUAGCGCACUGCGCACAGACCACCACCUCUUACCCAUAUUCAACAUCGUCGCUCCCGCCGCUAUUUCGGUUUGUGAUUAUGACACGACUUGACGUGUUUGUACUCUGUAUUUAAUAUUUUUCGAGCUGGAGUUUAUUUUUAUAAAUAAUAUAGUUAUUUCUAAAUAUAAAACCAAUAUCCGUUUAUUUGUCGGGCAGUCCGGCAACCGACGCGUCGCGACGUCGGGCAUCGGGACAAUGGGGCAUUCCGCUCAUAGUCCUCGACCGUGCCUGUUCGGUGUCUCGUUAUUGAACUUGUAUACAACUUCUUGUUUCAAAAAAACUCAAGUCUGCAGUCCAAAGAUGGAAAGACAAAAUAAAUUGUCGAUUGAAAUGUGGGACACCGCCAACACCGCAGAUACCACUUCAGCCAGCACCAGCUCAUCCGCUAUCAGCAACAUCAACUCAAUUACCAAUAUUGCCGUCACUACCACAACUGCCGCCAUUGUAGCCGUCACCACCACCACAGCCAGCAUUGUUUCCGUCACCACCUCCACAGCCAGUAACUUUAUUGCUGCCUCUAGGUCCGUGGUUUCUACCCCAGUUACCACUGACCAUCCACGUCGAGGCCAUGGAUUCAUUCCCGGAUAUGGACAUCUCCGUAAUCUUGGUGGAUCUCGAGCAUAUAGUUUUAGAGAAAUUGAGAAAAAAAUGGGUGGUUCCUCCAAUCAAAUGCUAUUGUCACAGGUACUACAACAUUGGAAGAGGGAUGUGCAGAAGUACUUCAACCCCCCACUUCCAGGCAAAAGGAGGCGAAACAAUCGAGCUGGCCAGAACAGCCCGAGACAAAGAGGACUUGGAGGACGUGGAAGACGUGGAGGACGAGGUGGACAAGGAGGUUCAGGACUGACAAUUUAAAAUAAAAAAAAUAAACUGACCAAUUAUUUCCUAUCAAGUAUUAACUAUUUUCAUAUAAAAAUCUCUUUUGUCGUCAAAUUUAUAGAAAUAAAUUAUGAGAUAGCCAUA